ACCCCCAAUCCGCCUCGCCCCCCGGUGAGGUUCUCCGGUGUCGGCUGGCCAAGACCCGGACCGAGGUGCUCCGCUGCAGGCCGGCCUCCACGGGCUCCUCUGCCACGCUCACGCCGACGGCCACGGUGCUGCAGGACCUACGGGAGGUGAGCUGCGGCUGCGCACGGAUCUGUCCCCUACCUCCCCUCCCCAGCCGGCGCUCCCCCUCUUCUCCGACGAACCUACGGGUCUGCUGCUCCCGCGCUGGAUCCGGUGGUCGAUCCAAGCCACCGCACCCAGGUUCAUCUCUCUCGGCGGAUCUGGCCGUCGGCGAGGAGACCAAGCCCGUCAUCGCCUCCUGCGCCGGGCCUCUGAUCUUGCCGUCCCCGAGACUAGCGGGAGCAGGGACGUCCUGGGCGACCACGGCGACGAGCGUGUUGCGGGCGAGGUGCGGCGCGACUGCCUCUGCCUACUGCCAAUCCCCAAGUGAUUUCUCAUACAAUCCUCUGCAAUCUGCAUCUUGAUUUCUCGCACACUUCAGAGUUCUCCGACAUGAUGGAUACACUUCUAAGCCUUGCUGGCUACGUAGCCAGAAUCGUGUACCCUGUACUGCUGUGGCUGCUGGUGUUUGCCAUCGUUAGCUUCGUCGUCUCCAUACUGCUGCCGUCGGGCAUGGACGAGCACCCCUUGUUCACCUGCAUUGUCACCAUCUUCCUGACAGUGGUGGUGAUGACAACUCCUCGAGAUACAUUUGUAAGCCUUGCUGGCUACCUUCCCGGAAUCGUGUACCCUCUGGUGGUGUGGUUGCUGGUGUUUGCCGUCAUUAGCAUCGCCCUCUCCAUACCGUUCCCAUCGGCCAUGGACGAGCACCCCUUGCUCACCUCCAUUGUCACCAUCAUCCUCACAGUGGUGGUGACCAAAACUCCUCGAGAUACAUUUGUAAGCCUUGCUGGCUACCUUCCUGGAAUCGUGUACUCUCUAGUGGUGUGGUUGCUUGUGUUUGCUGCCAUUAGCUUCGUCAUCUCCAUUCCGCUGCCGUUGGCCAUGGACGAGUACCCCUUGCUCACCUCCAUUGUCACCAUCAUCCUCACAGUGGUGGUGAUGAAAACUCCUCGAAAUACACUUGUAAGCCUUGCUGGCAGCCUUGCUGGCUACCUUCCCGGAAUCGUGUACACUCUAGUUGUGUGGUUGCUGGUGUUUGCUGCCAUUAGCUUCGUCAUCUCCAUACCGUUGCCAUCGGCCAUGGACGAGCACCCCUUCCUCACCUUCACUGUCACCAUCAUCCUCACAGUGGUGGUGAUGAAAGCUCCUCGAAAUACACUUGUAAGCCUUGCUGGCUACAUUCCGGGAAUCGUGUAUACUCUACUAGUGUGGCUGCUAGUGUUUGCUGCCAUUAGCUUCGUCAUGAACUUACUGCUGCUGUCGGCCAUGGACGAGCACCCCUGGCUCCCCCCCAUUGUCACCAUCUUCCUCACAGUGGUGGUGAUGACAACUCCUCGAAAUACACUUGUAAGCCUUGCUGGCUACCUUCCUGGAAUCGUGUACACUCUACUGGUGUGGCUGCUGGUGUUUGCCGCCAUUAGCUUCGGCAUGUCCUUACUCCUGUGGUCGGGCAUGGACGAGCACCCCUGGCUCCCCCCCACUGUCACCAUCUUCCUCACAGUGGUGGUGAUGACAACUCCUCGAAAUACACUUGUAAGCCUUGCUGGCUACCUUCCCGGAAUCGUGUACACUCUACUGGUGUGGCUGCUGGUGUUUGCCGCCAUUACCGUCGCCAUUAACAUCGUGUACCCUCUCUUACCGCUGCCGUCGGUCAUAGACAAGUACCCCUUACUCAUGUUCACUGUGACCAUCUUCCUGACAGUAGCGCUGAUGAGAACGCCAUGGGAUACAAUUCUUGGCCUUGCUGGCUACCUUCUUGAGACCGCGUACUUGCUGCUGCUGUGGCUUCUUGUGUUUCUGGCUAUUAGCGCAGUUGUUAGUAUACUUGUGCCUUCAGCCAUCAAGGAGUACCCUGACUUAUCCAUCCAGGUCACCGUCGGCCUCACGGUGGUGCUGAGAAUCCCAGCUUUAGGGGGCACAAUCCUCGACAUCGUGUGCCUGCUGCUGGUGUGGUUUCUGUUGUUCUACUCCAUUAGUGCAGUGGUCGGCGGAAUACUUGUGCCGUCUGCCGCCAAGAAGUGCCCCAUGUUCACCUUUGUGUUCGUGGUUGGCCUCACGCUGCUGAUGAUGAGAGUGCUGUGGGGAUGGGGCACAACCGUCCAGCUGCCUGCACGGGUCUCUCUAGCUCCCACGACCUUGCCUUUGGACGAGUUGGUUUUGGAUGAUUCUGUCAGGUUCGCAGAGUCUUGUCAGAUGGAUCUCAUCUUCAGAGACACUGAAGAAAUGAAGGUGGAACACAAGAGGGAUAUGGAGAAGAUCAUCCCAGGAUCCAACCUGCAGGAUCUUAAGCAUGAUGUGCUAUACCAAGGAGCAAUUCCGAGAUUGGUCAUCUACACGUUUGGAGUUUGCACAGAGCAGUUUUCAGGGUUGAUCUUGAUUUCUGAAAUACCAAUAAUAGUGUGGCGGCGACGAAAAAAGAUCAAAAUUAUCUUAGCAAUUCAUCUCAAAGCAAUGUUACUAUGAAUUCUUUCAAAGAUCUGACAUGUAUGACUCUUGUGUUGUUUCCGUAAAUCUCGACUGUAUUUUGGAUGUUGGUAUAUGAUGGUAUCAGGUCAACUUUCAAACUUGAAAGAAAUGCCGAAGAACCUUAGGGAGAAAUGUGAUCAGAACGAUGUCACUAUUCUGUUUAUAUUUCUUUGUUCUUUUGAGAUGAAAACAAAUCUUGCCUUCUUU